GGUUGGGGUAGCUCGCCUCCACCUCCGCUCCUCUUGUCCUGGCUUUGAGCGGGGUUGGGUUGAAAGCCGUGCGUGCAUUUUAAAAGACUCACCACGCCACACUGCGCUCCGUACCUCCUCGUUUGUUUAUCCCCUGCGCGCGUACAUCCAUCACCCCAGCCUCUCCAAAUCGUACUUUUCCCCGGACCAAAAUGACGCAGUGGACGGGUAGGCAACCUCGGCUUACCUGAACAAGUGGACAGACUACGGUGGGCACUUUUACGCACGGAUUUCUUAUUUUAUUGAACGCGUUGCUCGAGCGUUGCAGCCGAUUUUCAAUAAACCAAUACUUUUUAAACCAAAAUCGGAAUACGAGGCUAUGCACUUACUAUUACGCAGUCUUUAACUUAACAUUCCCGUUGUCUGCAUCUUGUAAUAGGAUUUGCAAUCAUUUCAAGCUGGACCUGCGGGAACAACCGUACUAGCGAUCUCAACAAAGGCACCCCCGGAAUCUCCUUGUGUUUUACGUCUUUUCUUGGCAUCGCAUUUGUGUUUUUUUUUUUUUUGAUUCAGCACGAUGGGGCUACCUGCGCUGGAGUUUAGUGACUGCUACCUGGACAGUCCCCUGUUCAGAGAGCGGCUCAAAUCGCACGAGUUGGAACUGGACAAGACCAACAAGUUUAUCAAGGAGCUUAUCAAGGAUGGCAAGGCGCUCAUCCAAGCCUUCAAAAGUCUGUCCACGGCCAAGAGGAAAUUCGCUGACUCCCUGAACGAGUUUAAGUUUCAGUGUAUCGGCGAUGCAGAGACGGACGACGAGAUGUGCAUAGCCAAAUCCCUCCAGGAGUUUUCAGCUGUGCUUCAGAACCUGGAAGAUGAGAGGACGCGGAUGAUUGAAAAUGCAAAUGACGUUUUGAUCAUGCCUCUGGAGCGCUUCAGGAAGGAGCAGAUCAGCGCGGCCAAGGAAGCCAAGAAAAAAUACGACAAAGAAACAGAAAAGUACUGCGCCGUCUUGGAAAAACAUUUAAGUCUUUCGGCGAAGAAGAAGGAGUCCCACCUACAUGAGGCGGACAAUCAGGUGGACAGCGUACGGCAGCACUUUUACGCGGUUUCUCUGGAGUACGUGUUCAAAGUUCAGGAGGUCCAAGAGAGGAAGAUGUUUGACUUUGUGGAACCUCUGCUAGCGUUCCUCCAAGGUCUGUUUACGUACUAUCACCACGGAUACGAGUUGGCCAAAGACUUCAAUCACUUCAAGACCAACCUGACCAUCAGCAUACAGAACACGAGGAACCGAUUUGAGAGCACGCGCUCGGAGGUGGAGAGUCUGAUGAAGAAGAUGAAGGAGAACCCCCAUGAGCACAAGAGCGUGAGCCAGCACAUCAUGGAGGGAUACCUCUUUGUACAGGAGAAACGUUCGUUUGUAUCUACCUGGGUGAAGUACUACUGCACAUAUCACAGGGAGCCCAAGAGGAUCACGAUGGUUCUUUUUGACCCUAAAUCAGGAGGAAAAAUGGGAGAGGAGGAAAGCUUUAUUCUCAAAUCUUGCACUCGAAGGAAAAGCGACUCCAUUGAAAAGAGGUUUUGUUUUGACGUGGAGGCUGUUGACCGGCCCGGGGUAAUAACCAUGCAGGCGCUGUCGGAGGAGGACCGCAGGCUGUGGAUGGAGGCCAUGGACGGACGGGAGCCGGUUUACAAUCUAAACAAAGACAACCAUACAGAGGGCAUGGCCCAUCUGGACGUGAUUGGCUUCAAUGUGAUGAAGAAGUUUAUCUAUGCUGUGGAGACGAGAGGUAUUGAUGAACAAGGCUUGUACAGAAUCGUUGGCGUGAGUUCCAAAGUCCAAAAACUACUGAGCUUAGCGAUGGAUCCCAAAACAUGUGCUGACGUUGAACUGGACAGCACAGAGUGGGAGAUCAAGACCAUCACAAGUGCAAUCAAGUUCUAUCUCAGAAUGCUGCCAGCUCCACUGAUGACUUACCAGUAUCAGAGGAGCUUUAUCAAAGCUGCCAAGCUGGAUAACCCGGACGCCCGUGUGACGGAGAUCCAUGCGCUGGUUCAUCGUUUGCCCGAGAAGAACAGACAGAUGCUGGAGCUGCUCAUGAAGCACCUGGCCAACGUUGCCAGUCACCACCAGCACAACCUGAUGACCGUGGCCAACCUGGGCGUGGUGUUUGGUCCCACUCUUCUGCGGCCCCAGGAGGAGACGGUGGCGGCCAUCAUGGACAUUAAAUUCCAAAACAUUGUGGUGGAAAUCCUCAUAGAGCACCACGAGAAGAUUUUCAGGGACGUUCCUGUGGGAGUCUUGAACUCUCAGCCGUCCCGAAGAGGAAGUGCUGUGAACAGGACUCCAUCAUGCUGCGAGAGACCACUCACUCUGUUCCACACGCCAACGCACUCCCAAAAGAGUGAGAAGAGGAACAGUGUGGUGAGCGCUCCCGUGGCAGAGCUCCAGUCCAACACCGCCAACUGUAACAACAGCAGCAGCAGCAGCAGCAGCGGCAGCAGCCAGGGCCGGACCCCCAGGAACAGUCUGACCAGUACAGAUGGAGAGCAGGAGAGCAGGCAAAACAGACCCAGCUCACUGUUAAAUCCCAAGAGCAGAAGCAGUGUACCAACCAGCGCUCCUUCUCCCAGCCCCACAUCUCCUCGCUCUCCCUCGUGGCCCAUGUUUUCUGCUCCGUCCAGCCCGCACCAAAUGUCCUCCACCUCCAGUGACUCCUCCCCGGGAAGUAUCUCUGGGAGGAAAGCGCGGGCUCUGUACGCCUGCAAGGCCGAGCACGACUCAGAACUGUCCUUCAUCGCCGGGACCAUCUUUGAAAACGUUCAUGCAUCCAGAGAGCCGGGCUGGUUGGAGGGGACCCUGGGCGGACGGACGGGACUCAUACCGGAAAACUACGUGGAGUUUGUAUAGCCAAGAAACUGCAUCACCAAAUAAACUGGGAAACAAAACUGGACCAAACACCAUUAUUGAGCAAAUGAGACUGGAGAUGUGUUUUUUUUUUUAAACUUGCACUGGAUUUAAUGAAAGACCAAAAUGGGCUGGUGGUAUUGAGUUGGUGUUUUUGUUUUUUUUUUUUUUUUUUUCUUGAAGACAAUACAAUAAUGGACUUGGAAUGUGUUUGAGAACAGUAGCAGGACGGGAAAGUGACAAAAAACUGCCUACAUGAAAGAGUUGCUUUGAAAUGCACUUAGGAGCUGCACUGUCCUUCCUUUGGGCCCCUGGAAAAACCUUCACCUCACAUGACAACAGGAAGCCAAACACAAAACAACUGGCUUUUAAAUUAGAACUUUAAGCUUGAAAUAAAUACACCUAAAUAAGGCUGCACAAUAUAGGGUAUUUUUUAUACUUUAAAAAGUCAUAAGCAUUUGAGCUCAGUAGUCACCCCUGCUUCUGAAAGUACGUUUCUCAUUCAUUUUUCUCAAAGGCAUUCAGAAAAAAAUACAAUAACUAAUGACCAUAAUGACCUAUACAUUUAUGUAAUAUCUGCUUAUGAAAAUAGAAACCAGAGGUGGGAUCAAGUCAUUGUUUUGCAAGUCCCAAGCAAGUCUCAAGUCUUUGAUCUCAAGUCUGAGUCAAGACAGGCAAGUCCAGGUUGAGUCUUGAGUCAUUGUCCCAUAAGUCCAAGUCAAGUCCAAGUCAUCUGCUUUGAGCUUCAAGUCAUUUCAAGUCUUUAAACCAGAGUACCAAAUAAAGCUUAGAUUUUGUAAUUUGUAUGAUUUUUAAAGCACUUGUGACGACUCUGAGGAAGUACAAUUUAGUGAGCAGUUGAAACUGUCAGGUACGAAAACAAACCCUUGGUCUGAAAAAAGAACCUAAUAACAUAUUUAUUUUUUAAGAGUUGUAGAAAUGCAGAUUUUUCCUUUUUAAAUGUUUUGACAAGAUCUUAGUGUGAAUCAUUACAGUCAGAAUAGAAAAAAAUCAGAUUUAAAUGCGCUUAAUAACAGAUAUUUUGUCAUGUAGAUUGCACUGAAGUGAAAGGAUCAUGUUCUGUGUACUUCCCUCUGUUUUACUGUAUUGUACUGUACAUUACUGCAUAUUACUGUAGUUUUGAAGGUACAUCGCAGUACUUCAGUUCCAUCCAAAGUAACAAACAGAGAAGUGGAAGGGACAUGUUCCAGUUUGUUCCUGUAAAAUUAAUCAUGGCAUGUAUCAACCGUGAAGAGAAAAGUAUUUUCUAAAAACAUCUAUUUAUUAGGAGAAGCACUGAGUCUUAUUUAUUACUUAUAGUCACAGGCCUCAAGUCCAAGUCAAGUCCCAAGUCUUAGUCCAUUUUAUCAAGUCAAGUCUCAAGUCCUAAAAGUCCUAGUGACUCAAGUCUGACUCGGGUCCAAGUCACGGCUUGCAAGUCCCCACCUCUGCUAUAAGAAAUAAUAAGAAAUUCACUGAAAGCUGUGUUUUAAAUGUGCUUUUUCGACUGCGUUAUAAAUAUUAGUUUGCAAGUAGCUGCUUUGCCUUGUCUUUGAGCUCUUAAUAUAAACAUUUUGUGAAAAGUGUUGGGAAAAAUGAAUGGAAAAUUUACUUCUGGGUCACUUUUGAGCUCCAUGCCUGUGUGUUAAUAUUGACCUAAUGACAAAUAUAUCACAUACAUUUUAACAAGUCUAAAUUAUUAUGGGGUUAUACUGAACUUUUCUCGACAUUCAGUGUUACUGCUUUGGUUUUGGGGCUGUUUGUUCAAUUUUCACUUCUAAAAUUACACACAGGCAAUGCCGGUGAAGAGCCAUGCCCAAGUUAUGGAAUCAGUCUGACAACCUUACAGUUAAAGGGUGAAGUGCUUUGAAGAGGGUUGAUUACAUUUAAACUGGAAUUAAAAAAAAAAAAAAAGAAAGAAAAAAAGUUGAACCAGUCAUUUUAAAAUCAUCGUUAGUACCAAAACGUCAUAAUAGCUUCUUUUUCGAAUGAUGCAUUUGCUGUAAUAAUAAAAUGUUGUAAAUGUUGUGCAGGCCCACUCUUCCUGAACCUAGAGCGCAGGGUUAACACUGGAGAGGAGGCUGAUUCUUUGGGACAGGACUGAACUUGGAGAGAGACCCGGGGCACAUGGAGAAGGCGGGACAAUGUUAGGACUCACGGUGGUUCACUCAGAGGCCACCAGUGCUCAGACAAGUCACAAGCAAACCAGGAGUUUGCUGCGACAGGUUCAGUACAGUAAGGACAGGUUCCUAUAUUACAUUCAAGCGUGAGAAAAUGUCCAAUGUUUUUUUUUUUUUUUACUUGGAUCUGGUAUCCUUGUAUCAAAUCUGGUUGUUUAGGCACAAUGGAAAUAUGUAUAUGCAUUAUAAUAGUUAUUACUCCCUUUAUCUUUUUAAAUAUGUUUUUAACUUUGAAUUUGGGAGCCAUGUAUUCGUAUUGGCCAGCUAAAUAUGCGGUGUGUGUGAGGGAAGGGGGUUCAUUUUUUUUGUUUGUUUGUUUAAAGGCGCUGUACCUGAUUUUUACUGUCUAAAAACGUGGAAAAAAUCAGAACUACUUCAUUUUUAACAGUUUGCAGUGGUCCAAAGUUAUUCCUCAGCUACCUUAUGCAUUCCAAACAUCGUAAUUAUUUACAGCAAAUGCUUUUCAUAACUCUCACAAACCAGUGCAGAGCUUUAACAACUAGGAUGCUAAGGCAAUCUACCUGAUUAUCAGAUAAAAUACACUGAUUUCUUAUUCAAUGCAGACAACAACCAGUGGAUUCAUUUGGACCUCAAGAGCUGCAUACAGUAUAUACAUCUGUACUGUGGCAAGAUACAUUUUGCUCACAUAUUUGGGAAAAAUCAGGUACAGGACCUUUAACGUGACUGGGAGAAUCUCACACAGUGCUUAUCGUAUUUUUCGGACUAUAAGUCGCUCAGGAGUAUAAGUCGUACCAGCCAAAAAAUGCAUAAUGAAGAAGAAAAAAAAACAUAUUUAAGUCACACUUUUUGGGGGAAAUUUAUUUGAUAAACUCAGAGACCAGGAAACGACAUUUCAUCUUGAAAGGCAAGUUCUAGUAAUAACAAUAGAAGAGAGAACAACAGACUGUUAACGUCACAUAUGAACAGUUCUUCAGAUAAACUAUAACAUAAACAACAGAACAGAACAAGUUUACCAAACUCUCCAUCUCACUCCAAAUCACUAAACCUAUUGAAUUCUUCAACCUCGGUGUCACUUCUGAGCAACUCUGCAACUUCCGGAGGUAAACAGAGCGCCGCUUCUUCUUCUGUGUAGCUGUUGUCAGACUCGGCAUCAGUUCUUUCUGAAUCCUGACAGGAUGGUUUCGGUUGUCACUGAAGUCAUUUAAAUGUUAAAUUUUCAGUGGUACAGAAGUAAUGGUUCGAUCGACUGACAUGAUACAGACAGUACAGCGGCUCUUUCUGUAGGAGACAUGUACAGUAGAGUGAAGUGACAGUGGUACAGGAGUAAUAGAGGUCGUAGAUACUGACACACAAGCCUAGAGCGCCCUCUCAAGGCUGUCAGUAUGAAAAUCUUCAUAUAUAAAUCGCACCGGAGUAUAAGUUGCAGCAAACACCCAAAGCAGGGGAAAAAAUGCGACUUAUAGUCCAAAAAUAUGGUAAUAACAUGCAUUAAAACAACCCAUUACAUUUGUGGUCACAGGUGAUUCUUCAAUAUGUGGAAUUCCUUUGAGUCCAAAGACAUUGUGAAUGAACCUUGGUCUGUUUGGGCUUCAGUGAACAUUGUAUAAUACUGUAAAAGGGACAUUUAAAACAGCAACAUCCAAUGGGAGUUUUUAAGACAAAUGUGAAAUGAGACUACUUUGUUCAUAGCUUAUUUAUACUUUGAAAAGGCUGAGCUGAUUUUUGUGGUGUGUUCAUGACUUUGUACAUACAUAAAACAACAUUUGAUAAGGUAUAAUUUUAAGUAUGAAAUUUUAUAUUUUAGCUAACUACUAACUUAAUUCCUUGUUGUUUGCCCAGAUUUUGUAUCAUUUGAGUUUGUAUGCAGCCUUAAAUAUGAUUUCAGAUGUUAUGUGAUGUUGAAAAUACCAUCAAUAAAACACAUGUCAGUGA